CCUCCGGCCUCUCGGGGGCGCUGCUGCGGCACACUGUAAUAAUAACUUCCAGGACUGUGACCAGAAUGUAAACAGUGUUCAGGUGAUAGCUGACUGCUGUUAACGCUAACGGUAGCUAAUUUCGUUACUGUAGCCGCUUAAUCGCACACGUUAUGGCUUCACAAUAGAUUCCUCGACCCCGAGAGGGCUUCCUGAUUCCCCGUUUCCCUCUCUGUCUUGUCGUUUGAUUGCAUAAAUGCUCCAUAAGCUGUAAACAUGACCAAAGACAUCGUUGUUGGGGACGAAUUACCAGACUGGGUGGGGGCCAAGGAGUUUUAUCAGAAGUAUGAUCCUAAAGAGGUGAUUGGCAGGGGUGUGAGCAGUGUGGUGCGCAGGUGUGUGCACAGACACACGGGCCAGGAGCUGGCGGUGAAGAUUAUCGAGAUCACAGCUGAGAAGAUGACAAUCCAGCAGUUGGAGGAGGUGAAAAUCUCCACGCUGAAAGAGAUCCAAGUGCUCAACAUGGUGAAGGAACACCCCUCCAUCAUCACCCUCAUUGAUUCCUAUGAGUCUGCUACAUUCAUAUUUUUGGUGUUUGACCUCAUGAGACGUGGAGAGCUGUUUGACUACCUCACAGAAAAAGUUACCCUAAGUGAGAAGGAAACCAGGAGCAUGAUGCGAGCUCUGCUGGAGGCCGUGCAAUACCUUCAUUCCCUCAACAUCGUACACCGGGAUCUGAAACCGGAGAACAUUCUCCUGGACGAUUAUGGCCAUAUCAAACUCUCUGACUUUGGUUUUUCCGUGCAGCUACAACCUGGGGAGAAGCUUCGAGAGCUCUGUGGGACACCUGGUUAUUUGGCGCCCGAAAUACUAAAGUGUUCCAUGGAUGAAAUGCACCCAGGCUACGGCAAGGAGGUCGAUCUCUGGGCCUGUGGAGUCAUCCUCUUCACCUUACUAGCCGGCUCGCCUCCGUUCUGGCACCGUAAGCAGAUGCUGAUGCUGAGGAUGAUAAUGGAGGGUCGCUAUCAGUUCAGUUCCCCAGAGUGGGACGACCGGUCUGACACUGUGAAGGAUCUGAUAUCCAGGCUGCUGGUGGUGGACCCAGCUAACCGUCUCACUGCUGAGCAAGCCUUGGCGCAUUGCUUCUUCAGGCAGUACCAGCGGGAGGAUGUGAGGCUCUUCAGCCCCAGAAAGACGUUUAGGGUUCUGAUAGUGAGCGUGCUCGCCUGCAUCAGGAUGUACAGCCGCUACCGCAGGGUGCGGCCGCUAACGCGGGAGGUGCUGGCGAGGGAUCCUUACUCCAUCCGCGGCGUGCGCAAGCUCAUCGACGGCUGCGCUUUCCGGAUCUACGGGCACUGGGUCAAGAAAGGGGAGCAGCAGAACCGAGCAGCCCUCUUUCAGAACACUGCUAAGAUCAUGCUGCUAGAGCUGGAGGAGUUUGAAACAUAAAAGGUCAACCUCGUCGCUCAAAAUCGCUUUUAUGUAUCCGUUUGCAUGUGCUGUCAUUGCAGUGUUUGCUCCAUCGAGUUACUGUUUCAAGAUAAGGAAUGCAGGGACGGGGGAUCUUUGUGUGCCUUAAUGCGCAUCAUGGCUCUGAAAGUUCAAGAUAAGCAUGCACCACUUAAUAUUCCUUAUCUGUUGUUGUCUGAAACUCCCUGUCAGGUCAUCCGGUUUGCAGUGCAAUUUGUGCAAGGUGUCCUCUAGGGCAAUCUCUUUGGUAAAACUCAUCAUAAUAUAUAUUUAGGAUUUUAUGUGUUAAUCGUCCGUUAUAACUGAGUAGGCCAGUGGCGUCAAACUCAUUUUAAUUCAUGGGCCACAUGCAGCCCAAUUUGAUCGCAAGUAAAAGUGUUUCAUAAUAAAAAUCCAUAAAAAAAAAAUCUUAAAAAUUUUCCUUUUCUUUUAGCAGCGAGUACAAUUAUGUAUUUAAUAAAUCCUACGUUAACUAAACAUGAUGGUGAAAUUAAGUGUCGCUCUUAACGACUUACAAGAUACUGCCCAUCUUUACUGCAUGUGUGGCCCACGGUGUGUGUGUUUGACCCCUCUGAUGUAGAGAAUGCAUUUCUAAGCACUGUGUAGGUUAAGUGGAAAUCAAAGCACUCAGAUUAGUUAUUUCUAGGGGACCUAGUAUGCUCAUAUUGACUCCACUUGAGUAGCUUUGCAUGAUUCACGGUUUAUAAAAACCCUUGUAUGUCUUUUACUGCGCAUUAGUGCAGACCUUCAGGCCACACUACCAUUAAGCCAACUUUCUUCAUUAUUACCUGAAACUUUAAUACAACACCUAACAUUGCAAUACUACAAAGACAGCAGAAAAUAAGGAAAAAGCAUAAUAAGUCUCCUUUAUUAGACACAUACAGGUA